UGACGCGGCCGCGCCGCUGUGGCGCUUUGUGCUCCGCCCGCCACUGAUGCUUCGCGGUCUGGGCGACGGGCCCCGCGACUCCACCGUGUGAGGCGGCGAGUAGCGGGCGCGAGGCGCCAGCGCCGGCAUGUCGCUGCCUCCGGAGAAAGCCUCCGAGCUGAAGCAGCUCAUCCAUCAGCAGCUGAGCAAGAUGGAUGUGCAUGGCAGAAUAAGAGAAAUUCUUGCCGAGACCAUACGAGAAGAAUUGGCACCUGAUCAGCAACAUCUGUCAACAGAAGAUCUGAUCAAAGCUCUUAGACGUCGAGGAAUCAUUGACGAUGUAAUGAAAGAACUGAACUUUGUGACUGACAGUGUUGAUCAAGAACCCCCUUCCUCUCCAAAGCAAACUGUUGGUUUUGAUAAGCAGUCAACAUUAAAAAAAACUAAUAUUGAUCCAACACGGAGGUAUCUUUACCUUCAGGUUUUGGGUGGAAAGGCUUUCUUGGAACACCUGCAAGAACCUGAGCCUUUACCUGGACAAGUCUGUUCAACUUUUACCUUAUGUUUACAUUAUCGGAACCAACGUUUUCGCUCAAAACCUGUUCCCUGCGCUUGUGAACCAGAUUUCCAUGAUGGCUUUUUGCUUGAAGUUCACAGAGAAAGUUUAGGUGAUGGAACUAGAAUGGCUGAUUCAACAACAAUGUUGUCAAUAAGUGACCCAAUUCACAUGGUGCUAAUCAAAACAGACAUAUUUGGUGAGACCACUUUAGUCGCAUCCUAUUUUCUGGAAUGGAGAUCAGUUUUGGGCUCAGAGAAUGGAGUGACGAGUCUGACUGUGGAACUUAUGGGUGUAGGCACAGAAUCAAAAGUUUCCGUGGGAAUUUUAAAUAUAAAACUUGAAAUGUACCCCCCACUCAACCAAACCCUGUCUCAGGAAGUCGUGAACACACAGCUUGCUUUGGAACGUCAGAAAACUGCAGAGAAAGAACGAUUAUUUCUAGUCUAUGCUAAGCAGUGGUGGAGAGAGUAUUUGCAAAUUCGACCCUCACACAACUCACGGCUGGUAAAGAUUUUUGCACAGGAUGAGAAUGGGAUAAACAGACCAGUCUGUUCCUAUGUUAAACCACUUCGAGCUGGACGGCUUCUGGAUACUCCAAGGCAAGCGGCUCGAUUUGUUAAUGUCCUUGGUUACGAACGAGCUCCUGUUAUCGGAGGUGGCGGCAAGCAGGAGCAGUGGUGCACUCUGCUGGCUUUUCUCUGUAGAAACAAGGGUGAUUGUGAAGAUCACGCUAACCUGCUGUGCAGUCUUCUUCUUGGAUAUGGACUGGAGGCUUUUGUCUGUGUUGGGACUAAGGCAAAGGGGGUCCCUCAUGCAUGGGUUAUGACUUGUGGAACUGACGGGACCAUCACGUUCUGGGAGAGUUUAACAGGGCACAGGUAUAUCCACAAGCCUACUAAUCCCGAAGGGCCUCCACUCGCUGAGCAGUCCAAACCUUUGUACCCUUAUCGAACCAUCGGUUGUGUUUUCAAUCAUCAGAUGUUCCUGGGAAAUUGUCAACCCUCAGAUGCGGUAGAAACUUGCAUAUUUGAUUUGAAUGAUGAAUCCAAGUGGAAACCCAUGAGUGAAGAAGCAAUUAAGUCUGUGUGUGCUCCAGGUGCUACUACGUCUCUCCCUCCCUUCCCACCUCUGUGUGCAUCCACAAUUGAUGCCUCAGUCACAAGCAAUGAAAUUGAAAUGCAGCUGAGGCUUCUAGUGUCAGAACACAGAAAGGACCUUGGCCUCACCACUGUUUGGGAAGACCAACUUUCUUACCUCUUAUCACCAGCUUUGGCUUCUUAUGAAUUUGAGCGAACAACAAGCAUAUCUGCAGGCAAUGAAGAAUUCCAAGAUGCCAUAAGGAGGGCGGUACCUGACGGUCACACAUUUAAAGGGUUCCCAAUACAUUUUGUGUAUAGAAAUGCAAGGCGUGCAUUUGCCACUUGUCUUCGGUCUCCUUUUUGUGAAGAAAUAAUCUGUUGUCGUGGAGACCAGGUGCGACUGGCAGUUCGUGUUCGAGUGUUUACCUACCCUGAAUCUGCAUGUGCUGUUUGGAUCAUGUUUGCUUGUAAAUAUCGCUCAGUACUAUAGGACUGCCGUUUCCUAAGGAUUUUUUCCUGUGUUCUAUUAGAACUGUAUAUGAGUAGCUGUGUGAAGGUUUCUUAAUUUAAAAUCAGCUUUUGGCUUUGGAUGUCAUUGUUUUGUAUAGAUCUGACUGGUAAUGUUUUAAAAUAUCAUGUGUGUACUUAAAAAUUAAGGAUAAAAAAUUUGUACCGAAUUUAGUAUAAAUUAAGUUAUAAUAAUAAACAAUACUUUGUUUUGAGGGACUCAGUAGUUUAAAUGUGAAUAUAAGAUCUCUUUACAUUAAUAAGUAAUUAAAGAAAUUUGUCUAAUGGUUUAAGCCAUAGUAAAACCAAAAUGAUCAUUAUUUUUCAUAAAUGAAAGAUUAUUUUACACAAAUUACAAGAAAUUAAGCUUAUACUAGUUUAUUUAUUACAUAGAUGAAAAUAUAUUUUGCUGAAUUAUAGUUUUUUGUGCUUUACUCAUGACACUAGGGAUAUUUGAGGCUUUCCAGUGGAGACUUCAAUGUAAGAAUAGAAAAAAAGGCCAGGUGUGGUGGCACACACUUAAUCCCACAAGAGGCCAGCCUGGUCACAUAGCAAAUUCCAGGCUAGUCGGGGCUAUAUA